AAAAUAGGGGGGCAACCAAAAAAAAAAAAAAAACUGAUGAAGAGGAGGAGAAGGAGAGAGAACGAGAGGGAGAAGCGUGGAGACGCGGAUCGAUUAUGCGAGUGGUUGGAUAAAUUUAUUCUGAUUUUGUAAUACAUUGUUAACCUUUCUGCUGUCAUUUACAUGCAGAAAGGAAACAAAGUGUCAGAAAAUGGACGAAACGAAAUGCGACGAAGAACAGCUACCAGAAUCUCAGGCAACUUCUGCAGAGACUCCGAUUCCUCCGACGAAUAACGAAGAUACGAACAUCGAGCCAGAUAUUCGUGAUAGCUUAACACAAGCAAAUGAGAAAUCUACUUUGUCAGAGAGCUCGAAUGAAUCGAAGGAUCCUAUAGAUGACGAUGACGACUCUGUGGCUUUAUCAUCGCAAGUGCUUGUAGAUUCGACACCUCGUGCAUUGGAUAAACUUACGAAGCCGGAUAGCUCAAAUGAUCUGAAGACGCCUGUAGAUGUUCGGACUAAUGACGGUCCUAUUGAUUCGACGAACAAGGGAAAAGCUGUUUUGGUGCUUAAUGAUGUUCAGAGUGGCAGUGAAGCUCGUCCAUCGUUUGCAAUGAGAGUUAAAGAAUACAGGCCUGGUUCACAGGUGAAGAGUGAGAAUUUGAGAAAGGAAGCAUGGGAGUCGAGUAAUUCUCGAGACCGUGGAAGAAGUGUGAAUCCACACAGGGGUGUCAUCGACACUGCAGCGCCUUUUGAAUCGGUUAAGGCAGCUGUCUCGAAGUUUGGGGGGAUCGUUGAUUGGAAAGCGCACAAAUCGCUGACUCUUGAGCGAAGUGGCGAUGUCCAACUUGAACUUGAGAAGGUACAAAAAGAAAUUCCAGCGCACAAAAUGCAACUGCAAGCUACCGAGGAGGCAAAAGCGCAGGUCCUUAAGGAGCUAGAGAGCACCAGAAGGCUCGUAGAAGAAGUCAAACUCGAUCUCGAGAAGGUGCAAACUGAAGAGGCCCAGGCAAAACAGGACUCGGAGCUUGCGCAACUUCGAAUGAAAGAAAUUGAGCAAGGAAUCGCCGGCGAAGCCAGCGUGGUGGCCAAGGCGCAGCUGGACGUUGGACGAGCACGCCGCGAUAGCGCUUUUGCGGAACUAAAGUCUGUGAAAGAAGAGCUGCAAGCACUACAGGAACAGUAUGGUGCAUUACUUUGUGAAAAAGAUGCUAUGAUAAGAAAAGCAGAUGAGUCUAUUAGCGAAUCGAAGGGGAUUGAAAAGAAAGUGGAGGAACUCACCGUAGAGCUUAUUUCUGCUAAGGAAAAGUUGGAGUCAGCGCAUGCCGCGCAUCUCGACGCAGAGGACCGUAGGAUCGGCGCAUCUUUGGCGAGAGAACAAGAUUGUAUUGCUUGGGAGAAAGAGCUGAAGCAAGCAGAAGAGGAGAUCAAACGACUAAACGAGCAGCGGUCGUCGGCAGAGGACCUGAAGUCGAAGUUAAAUUCAGCAUCUGAUUUGUUACUGAAUCUGAAAGCUGAGCUGGCAGCCUGCACAGAGGCAAAGUUGAACGGCGAAGAUGAUAAUAUAACCGGCGAGACAAAUAAAAUGCGAAAGUCCAUUCAAGAAGCACUGGAUUCGAAAAGAAAAGAGAUUGAGGAAGUUGAAGGGAGUAUCGAGAAAGCGAAAGAAGAGGUCAGCGGUUUAAAACUUGCAGUUUCAACUCUUAGAUCGGAGCUGGAUAAAGAGAAAGCAGUCCUCGCAACCGUGAAGCAGAGGGAAGGAAUGGCUUCUAUAGCAGUUUCGUCUCUCGAAGCCGAGCUCAAUAAAACAAGAGAAGAGAUAGAAACCGUUGAGGCGAAAGAAAAGGAAACCAGAGAAAACAUGAUGGAGCUACCUAAGCUGUUGCCAGAAGCUGCUCAAGAAGCCAAUCGAGCCAAGUCGGCCGCAAAGCUAGCGCAAGAAGAGCUUAGAAAAGCCGACGAAGAAGCCGAACAAGCCAAAGCCAGCGUGAUCACCACCGAGAUAAGAAUGCAUGCGGCUUUAAAGGAAAUAGAGGCUGCGAGGACUUCAGAGAAGUUGGCGCUCGCUGCGAUCAAAGCAUUGCAAGAUAGUGAGGAGGCUACAAGUUUAGGAGAGGACUCUCCCAAAGGAGAGACCCUUUCAAUUGACGAGUACUUCACUCUUAGCAAGAGAGCUCAUGAAGCCGAAGUGGCGGCCCGUGAGAAAGCAAUGGCUGCGACGGCGCAGGUUGAGUCAGCUAAGGAGUCCGAAUUCAAGAGCUUAGAGAUACUAAAUCAAGUAUACAAAGAAAUAGAGCAAAAGAGAGAAGCUUUGAGAGUUGCAUCAGAGAAGGCAGAGAAGGCCCAGAAGGAAAAAUUGGCUGCCGAGCAGGAAUUGCGGAACUGGAGAGAGGAAAGCGAACAGCGUCGUAAAAUCGGAGAUACUGCAAGAAGUGCAACUUUUCCUAAACGAAGUUAUAGCGCUAAAAUUAAGAGCUUUGAUGAGAGAGAACAUGAAAUUAGUGCCGAAGCAACGGUGGAUCCAAAGUCGUAUACGCCACAAAGUAGCCCAGAGCAGAAUGUUUCGGAUGCGAAGUUGAGAAGGAAGAGAUCGUUUUUUCCUCGGGUCGUCAUGUCUGUCAUGACAAGGAGAAAAGCUCAGACGGACAAGUAAUGGGAUAUCUUUUCUUCUUUGAGUAUGCAUGUACAAGUUUUCAGCCAAUUGUAUACUUCACAUCUAUAAUAAAGUUAAAUUUAUUUAUUUAUUAAGUUGAUUUGCUGUGAGUUUUGCAAUACAUUUGUUAUAGGCUUUUCGUGAGAACAUGUUGAAGAGUAUGCUUGUAGCUAUUCGGAACUAUUGAGAUCCUAAUUUCUGUAUCGUUUGAGAACCGUAUGUUUCGUAUC